ACUGAGUGUGUGUGGGUGGAAACCGCUCCUUCCCAAUUCCUCAUCAUCCUCCAUGGCUGCUUCCCUCCUCUCCUUCAACCUCCCCAAGCCCGCUCCCGUAAGGCCCUCCGCCGCCGCCGCAACCGCCGGCCCCGCCACCGCCCCCGACAGCCUCAACGACAGGUUCGGCCGGAAGGGGAUCAAGUUCUCGGAGGCGGCGGACGGCGGCGCCCCCACGGUGGAGCUCACGGUGAGGAACGGGAGCUCCGUGAAGCUCACGAUACCGGACGCCCACGUCACCUCGUACCGGCCAAAGGUGUUCUGGAAGGACGAUGGGUUCGAGGAGGUCCUGUACACGGUGGAUACGCCGAACAGGGUCAGGGGUGGGGUGGGACUGGUGAUCAACGAGCUGGCGGAAGCAGGGUCCCCGUCCAAAGGGUCGCCCGUCGCCGCCACCGCCGCCACCGCCGCCGCCGCCGCUUCGGAGUGGACCGUGAAGGAUGCGGACUCGGACUCCAUCGAUGCAGUCCAGGUAGAGUUGAGCCGCACAUCAGGAACGCUUGAAAUCACCUACGUCAUCUCGUUGUAUCCGCUAAGCAUGGCAACUGCGGUGAUCGUGAAGAACAAGGGUAGAAAGGAAGUGAAGCUGAACAGCGCUAUACUCAGUCACCUCAGAUUCAAGAGACGCGGAGGUACAGCGAUUCAGGGGCUCCGUGGAUGCUCUUACUGCGUGCACCCUCCUCUCUCUUCCCCUUUCGAGCUCCUUUCUCCUGCCGAGGCAAUGAAAACCGAGUCCUCCGGAUGGUUCUCUUCAGAGCCUCAAGAAAAGCCCGAGUCAUGGACCGUGCAAGACGAGCUGAUCACCAUUCUAAACAACAAGCUCAGUCGGGUAUAUUCGGCUCCGCCGACGGAGAGACUGAAGGCUUUCUACAACACGUCGCCCUCAAAAUACGAAACAGUGGACCAGGGUCGGGAGCUGUUCUUCAGGAUGAUCAGGAUGGGCUUCGAAGACAUAUACGUAGCCAGUCCAGGCUCUUUCUCGGAGAAGUAUGGGAAGGACUACUUCAUCUGCACCGGACCCGCCUCGAUGCUUGUGCCCGUGGUUAUCAAACCUGGCGAAAACUGGAAAGGAGCGCAAGUGAUCGAGCACGAUAACUUGUGACCGUAGAACCGCACCUCAUCGACACGGGCCAUCAUUCAUUUUGUAUUCAAUCUAGCCAUAGGAUCCUAUCCACAGUACAUAACUGUAAACGGACCAUCGCUUCAAUUUUUAUAGUAACAUUUUCUUCCAACACAGACCUCUCUGCAAUCAUUAUAAAAGCAAGGGUUCCGUU